AUGUCGUCAUCAUACGACAGGUCAUCUGUGGCUUUGCCGGCUGGGGCCACAGAUGAGGAAGUGACAGUGCCGUGUGAGCUGGACAUAGAUGAAGUGGAGGAUCAGCUCAUCAAGGUGGAUAUAACCUUGGAGAGUUUAGAGCAGGGUGUCGAGCCGAGUGAACUUGUGGUCGAUGUUCACCGGCUGCUCCAGGAUGGGGACAUCCGCGAGUUUCGGUUUCUUGGUGUGUACAAGAAACUUGCCAAGAAUACCGAGAGAUUCUUGUUGGACUGUGUAAAUGGCGAAUCACCGUUUUGCCAUUUACAUAAGUGCGUGCGGUUUUUUGACCCUAUCGAACUCAGUGACUCAGAGGUGAGUGGGUCCGGGGAGUCGGGGAGGGUCUCUUCUUCAGAGAUUCCUUCGCCGGAAAAGAUUCGUGGUGAAAGUGACGGUGAGUGUGAACCGGGGGUGAGCUUCAUCACGGUCUCCUCGCCGAGUUCACCGGAGGACGAUGGGAGAGACGCAGACUUCCAGGUGUGGGACAAGCGGCUGUUAACUGGAAGGAAGCAGUACCCCCGCAAAAAUACUGGAGGUAAGUGUGCCGGACGCACUAAGCGUGGUCGCCCCAAAACAACUGGGGACUAUGUAAAUAUCGCGGAAGCCAAGGAGCGUGUCUUACGUGCAGAAAGGCAGGAGGUCCUUUUGAAGGACCUCAAUAGACUUUUGGAUCCGAGUUUAGGACCAAACCUCACCGCAGUGGGAAGGGAGAAUAUCCCCUCGGAUGAGGUCUUUAGGUCCAGCCUUGUGAGAGUCACCAAUUUGGAGCUCCGGAGGUUGGCCGGGUUGUCUGCCACACAAGUGGAGAAGGCAUCCGAUGUCACUGGUCUCGAUGAGGUCGUGGCCAGGGAUCUUCGGGUGUCUUCAAUGAGGCUUGUGGGUAUUUUCGAUGAGAUGGCCAAGCGGGUCGUCGCUGAAACGGAUCCACAGACUGAGGCACUGAGGACCGAGAACCUGGGACUGCGGGAUCGGAUCGCGGCUUUGGAGCGCGAUCGAGAUAGGGUUGAGGCGGAGAUGGCGAGCUUUCGGGCGGCCAUUCCGCAGUUGGAAGCGGAAUACUUUUUUGGCGUCAGGGGAGCAAGGAAGCGACCUUGUCCGGCAUCAUCCCCGGGAUCGCCAUCGGGACAGGUGGUAGCAGGGACGGUUUUGGCUGGGAGUCAUCCCGUCACUAUGGCGGACCUGUCGUCCAUAUUGGACAGGCGUUUUGCCGACCUUAGGGUCGACAUAUCUGCUGCCGUGUUGGCUAACAUUAAGCCAUUGCUUACUGGGCGGGCUGGGGACUCUUCUCCGGAAGUGACCCCCAGGCGUGCGCCCAAGGCAAGCGUUGUCGGUGUCCGUGGGCCAUCGGCUGGUCCCGUGGCCGGGGGCUCCGCCGCCUCUGCUCUUGCAAAGGCUUCGGUGGAUGCCUCUGCCCCCGGGGCUAGUACAAGGGGUAGACGUCGUCGUCGUCGUGGGGGGUCCUCUGCUAAGAGGAUCCCUUCUUCGGGCGCUCCCGCCCUAAAGAGGAAGAGCCGAAUUCCUCCCCCUUCCUCUGCGUCGGUAAUUUCGCUGACGGUCGGAAGGGGGGAACGGGAUAGGACUUACGCCUCGGUAUUAUCCGAGGCUAAGUCUAAAAUAGACGCCAAAGAGCUAGGGAUUGAGUCCAUGCACAUGAAGAGAGGAGUAACCGGCAGCAUUUUGUUGUCGGUUCGAGGUAGAGACUCGUCCGUGAAGGCAGACGCACUUGCGGAAAAGAUGAAGGAAGUGUUCCCGUCAUCAGGAACGAUCAGAGUUGGCCGCCCCUCACGAACGGAAGACAUCCGUUUAAAGGGGAUGAUGGCUUUUGUUGGUCGCCAGGACAUCCUUGACAGGGUUGCCUUAGUUGGAGGCUGCAAGGCUGAGGAUCUACAAGCAGGAGUGAUCCGCUUGUCUCCUGGAACGGGUUUCGGGACGCUGUGGAUUCGUUGCCCAUCUGGAGUAGCGCGAAGGCUCGUUGCUGCCGGUAGCAUUGUGAUGUCGGGGGGAUGGGAAAGGCUAGAUGUUGUUCAUCUGGCCCGUCGCCCCCUGCAAUGUUAUCGGUGUCACGAAUUUGGUCACUCGGCCAAUGGUUGUGGAGCCGACACUGAUCGUAGCGGUAUGUGCUACAGGUGGGAGUAA